AUAGUUUUUAAAAAGUUGUUGAUUGUCUUUUAGGGACUUCUAUAAGGAGUUCUCAUUUUAAUUUGGCAGCUGAUCGUCUCUCUGGUUUCCCCUUUUGGAAAAGAAUGUGAAUGUUGUUUGGCAACUUUCCCCAUGUCUGUUUUAGGACAGCAGUUGCUGUGUGCAAUUAUAAUUGACAUUUGUUAUAUUUUUAUCCAAGAUUGAGGGGUACAUUUAUCUGUAUAUUUGACUUUGACCCCCAAGUGGCGUUCUCUCUGCCACGAGCCCUCUCGCUCUCAUAAGUUUGACAUAACAGAGACAGCUGAGCUGUCAAACGUUUACGUAACGUUUUACAAAGUUUUGUUUCGGUUUUAUAAACUUAUUAUUUACUGUUAUCAACGUUCAAGCUUUUGUUUGAUCAAUCUAUAAGAUGUCAUUGAUCCAGACAUUAUAAUUUGUUUUGUUAAUAGCCUAUUAAAUAACAAAAAUAAACACUUAUUUGUCUUGACAGAAUAAGAUCGCAUGGCUAUUUGGAGUGGACUUUUCAUUAGAACAGUAUAGAACGCUUUUCAUUGUCUCAUCCCGGUGUUUGUACCAGUGGAGGUGUCCGUUUUCACGCAGGCUUUUGUUUCGCCCCGUCCUGUACUCUGAUUCCAUGACGUAAUGCCUUGGCUUGGAGAACGAGCGCAGCCUUCCACACCACAUCCGAGAAACACAUUUAGCCUGCAGUUGCAUAAAUAUCACCUUUCUGAAAAUGUAUUCUUCAAAGAAUACACGAUAGAAAUAUAUAGAUACUCUUCAUAAAAGUAUUUGCCAAGAAUUGGGCUGCAUUUAUGGAUUAAUGUCUACUUGUCUAUGUCAUGCAAGCUGUGUUGUGGUCACAGGUUAUUUCCCGUCCACCAAGUGUUUUUUUAUUAAAGUACCUUUAACUAUUUAAUGUCAACGAUAAAACUCUAUUUUUAGAAGAAAAAAAAGAUAUGUUGCAUGUUGGGAAGAUUGCAUGUCGAAAUCUAUUUUUUCUUUUUCAUGAGCUUGUGUAAAUCGAAAUCAAGGAUGUUUUGAUCGAAAUAGAAUUCAUUUUGGACUGUGGCAGGAGGAGCCCUCGAGGCCCUACGGAGUGACCGUUUUUUUUGAUGAUUUUCCAAACAUAUAUAUAUUGUUUUUACCAGAACAUGUGAAGCCAUUGUCAAGUUAUUGUAUUCAUUUAAUCCACAUAAAAUCCGUUUUAUAGGCCUGCAUUCAACCAUUUUUAACAGUGCAUUGUCAGGUUGUUUAUCAAGUUGAGUGCCUCAGCUAUAUUUUCAGUAGACAUCUGUCUGCUGUUAUAAAAUAUACAUCUAUGUUCCUUUAAGCACAUUCUAACAUCUCGACACACUGUAUUGAAAAAUCGUUGUAUUAAUUAAUUCCAUAUAUUCUUUCUAGACUUGUUGUUGGGACAAAUUAUCGCCAACGACCAACUGCCAGACUUGAUCAUAAGAGACUUUCAGAAGGUGAAUUGCGUUUCCUCAUUCCUUCUGUUCAUUUCACUGAGUGUUGGAUGACAAGUUAACCUCAUUAUACUUAUAUCAAUGCAUUUCUUUUCAAGAUUUUAACUUGAUGUUUGAAAUUAAGUCAUCACUACAAGCUCAUGUUUUUGACAAUAGAAUUCUAUAUAAAAGACAUUGGUUUGUGCAGUAGACCCAUUUGUCCACUAAGUGCCACUAUUUGACCAUUUAGUGAAAAAGUGUCCUUUUUCAAACAAUAUAGAAAUUACAAUACCGGUACUUUGUUCAAUUGCUUAUUUUCCUUCAACUCUUGAUAAUUCUUAACAUGUACUAACUUAGCUGUGCAAUAGAACAGUCUCUCUUACAUAAAGCUUUCUCCUGAGUAAUUUGUAUAUCGAUCCCGAUGCCUAGCGUACUGUAGAGAAACCACAUAACCGUUCAUGUAGAAGAUAUAUUAAAUAAUUAUUUCAUCAUUCUAAAAACGGAACCCUCCUGUCCGGACAUUAUUCCAAAACCGUCUCCUCUCCAUCUCCAGUCCUGGUCCAGUGUGUUCCAGCGUGUGGAAGACUAUCGGUGUCGACUGAGUGACGGAGCGAAAGAUGACUGCCGAGUGGCUUCACCUGCCCCCUCCGUACCCCCCAGGUGUGGGACCGCUGUGUGGUGCAGAGUCUUACCCCGGUGUGGGGCCGCUGUGUGGUGCAGAGUCGUACCCCCCCGGUGUGGGGCCGCUGUGUGGUGCAGAGUUGGAGGCGUGGUAUGAGGACCUGCAGGAUAUACUGGGAUCAGAUGGGGGCGGGGCCAAACUGGCGCGUGCCCCUCCCUGCUCUGAGAAGGAGCCGGAGUUCCUAGAUGUUCUGGAGAGCUGUUCCCUGACAUGGCUGACAGACGGGGUGGGAGUGGGUGUCGGGGGGGAGGCGUGGGACGGAGGUGAGGGGGUCCAGAGGGUCACGAUCCCGGAGGAGCCUCCUACCCAUCCACCCCACCACAUCUCCUCCAACACCUCCCGUCCGAGUCCAGCUGAGGAAAGGGCAGAGAGGCAGGGGGACAGAGAGGGAGGGAGGGAUGGAGAAAGAGGUGGCUCUGGAGGAGGGGACCUGUUGCCCCCAGAGUUCUUUGAGUUGCUGAACGAGGGAGGGGUGGGCAUGGUGGAGAAAGGAGGAGGGGUCAUGACAGGAGGGAUCAUGGUGAGCGGUAGCUACCACCAUCAUCAGCUUCAUCAUCACUCCGACAAUCUCCAACAACCUGAGUCUCCCUCCGCCAGCGAGGAGGAAAACACCUGCGUCCCAGACUCUCCCUCCUGCUCUUCCUCUGCCUCUCCGUCCACCUCUCUCAACUGCUCUCCUCCUUCCUCUCCUACUAGCACCUCGUUCUCCUCGUCUCGGCAGGACAAACGCAAGAGGGGCAACUCUCUGUCCUUCCCUUCCUCCGGCUCACACUCAUCCUCCUCUUCCUCUUCUGCGAAGAAGAGCAGGAGAGAGAGGGAUCAGGAGAACGAGAGGAAGGUGCAGGAGCUGACAGAUCAGAACGAGAGGUUGAAAGCAGAGAUAGACAGACUGGGAGAGGAGGUGCAGAGGACACGCCGAGCCCUGAUAGAGAGACUAGUUAACACCAGGAAGUGAGGGAGGAAGGAAGACAGAAAAUGAGCAUUUGGAAUAGCAAGUUGGCGGUGAAGAGUUUAACGCGGUGGUUUAACUUUGAAAUGCAUUUUAAGACAGCGUUAAAGAGAGAAACCAAAAGAUACCUAUAUGUUUUAAGAAGAAAGUUAAAUUAUAAUUUUCUGAAAAACUGUAUGAGAAAGUAAGAAGGAAAAGAUAGAUAUAAAGAAAGAGCGAGCGAUGGAAGAGCAAGUCAAAGGAAAACCACGGAGAGGAAGAACUGUGGCAGACGUAGUGACAGAUGGACAUACAGGGUGUAAAGUAACGGAGGAAAAGGUUCAGAAGGUGGAUGGGUCAUGCUCUCUGUUGAGAGGUUACAGUGUACUGUAUCUACAUGUAGGGCCGGGUGUCAGGAAGAAUCUUUCAAAUAGAUGGGUUAACUAACGUAGAAUGAUUGGGUCGUUUAGAUUAUUCAGUCAUGUGUAGCGUUCAGUAUGAAGUACGGAUGGGUUAGAUUCAAUUAACCCGAUUGGGGCCUUUGAUUCCAAAAUUAAGGAAUUGAUUCGGAAGCAUCUACCUAUGAAGAUUGUGAACAAACACCUAUCCCAAGCGUUGCAUGGGUCACGUUCAUUAAGCAUCAAAUGGAAAGA